GCUGAGUUUGUAAAGAUCAGUUUAUAUGACGAUGCUCAUGAAACAUUUUGUGAAGUCGUUGACAGAGAAUUGGUAGAACAACAGUUUUAUGGCGGCAUUGAUAUGUGUACUGCAGAUUUGGUAUUCUUCUUGGUUGCUGAUGAAACAGACAAGGAUGAUGUUUAUAUAGUCUGUUUUAACAUGAAAAAGGAGAAGAUAACCAUCAUUGAUUCAAUUGAAGAUAAAACUAAGGUGUAUGAUACAUGUGUUGAAUGUUUGAAAAAGGGAAUGUGCGAGUUUUUCAAUGAAAAACAACUUGAGCAAAAAGCAAGUAAAAUUUCCAAAUUUCCUUUUGAAAUAACAAAGAAGGCAUGUUAUGGGAACAUGGAAGGUAUGGGUGUUGGUGUCAUAGCCAUGAGGCAAUUGGAAACUUUCAAGGGGAAUUUGAAUACGUGGAAGAUGGAUUUGAACAAAAAUGAU